CUGCUCGACGCCUCUGCCAUUGGCGAGCUUCCCCUGCAAGUGCAACCGAAUCCAAUCCCUCUCCACACCCCCACCCCCACCCCCACCCCCACAGCGAAUCCAAUCCGUCGUUGCCAAGAGACGCAAAGCCACCAUGAUGCGUAUGCUGCUGCUGCUGCAACAAGAAAAGAAGAUUCGUUCCCCACUCCUCUUCUUUGGAGAGGACGGAGGCGGCGCGGCAAGAAGAAAAGAAUCCCAGUCCAUGGCCCGGCUCUACUUCUCUCUGUCCACUUCUUCCUCCACCGUGCCCGCUUCCUUCCGCAUCCUUCUUCCUGAUUUGGUCGCUUGGUGUUGAGGCUGUGGCAGAUCUCUCAAGUUUGGCCGCUUGGUGCUGAGGCUGCGUUCACGGUCUUGGAUUUCGCGGCCGUUUUGAUCGCUCACGAGGCUGCUGUCACCGCCGUCCACAACACCAAUACAGCCUCUAUCCGUCAAAACCAAUUGAAUUGAUCUGCAGAAACAUCUAGUAAAAUGGAGGCGACGGCCAUCAGCAUCGGCAAGUCCGUGUUGAGCGGGGCGCUCAACUACGCCCAGUCGGCCGUGGCCGAGGAGGUGGCUCUGCAGCUCGGUGUCCAGCGUGACCACUCCUUCAUCUCGGACGAGCUCGAGAUGAUGCAGUCAUUCCUGAUGGCUGCACACGACGAGAGAGAUGACAAUAGGGUGGUCAGGACUUGGGUGAAACAAGUCCGUGACGUGUCCUACACCGUCGAGGACUGCCUCCUGGAUUUUGCUGUCCGUCUCGAGAAGCAAUCCUGGUGGUGUCUCUCUCGCAAGGUGCUGGCCCGCCGAUAUGUGGCGAUGCAGAUGAAGGAGCUCAGAGCCAAGGUGGAGGAGGUCAGCCAGAGGAGCCAACGGUACCACCUCAUCAAGGGCUCUAGCUCCAAGCCUACCUCUGCUGUUGGGCAGCCUAUCAUGUCUAGUGCGACGAUGUCUGCUGCCGAUGAUGCAAGGCUGCGGUGGCAGAAAGCAAAAAUGGAUCUUGUCGAGUUGAUCAAUUGCGAGGAUAGUGCACUUCAAGUGAUAGCGUUAUGGGGCACAACUAGCACUGAUCUGGGGGAGAUAUCCAUCAUCAAAACUGCUUAUGAAGAUCCCAUGAUACACAAGAAUUUUGAUUGCUGUGCUUGGAUCACAUUGAUGGGUCCUUUCAGUCAGACAGACUUCAUUCGAAGCAUUGCUAGGCAAAUCUGUGUUAACUCUCUUCAAGAGACAGGAGAAGAAGGGAAAAAAACUAUUGGGGCCCAAGUUUUGAAGAUGAUGGCGACGACGAAAGAAGAUGGUUUGGCUUGUGAUUUCGAAAGAUAUUUGAAUGACAAGAGUUACCUAAUUGUACUCAAUGACAUACACAGCAUUGAACAGUGGGAUUGCAUUAAAACAUGUUUCCCAAACAACAACAAAGGAAGCCGAAUCAUAGUAUGCACUAAGCAAGUUGAAGUUGCAUGCUUAUGCAUAGGAGCAGAGGAUGAAGCUCUAGUGCAUAAGAAGUUAUUUGCUGAUCAGUCUCUUUAUGCUUUCUAUAGUAAGGUUUCUCAUGAGGGAAGAAAUUCAAUGGAAAAAGGCUCCAUCCCAUUUGUAGUCUCUACUGGUGUUAACAGCUCUAGACACAAGAACAUCCUCACUCGAACGGAGACAAUGGCUACUCUAGAGGAAUCUCGUCUCAUUGGAAGAGGGAAUGAAAAAGAGGAAAUCAUCAAACUAAUCUCAAAUAAAGAUCUCCAGCGAUUUCGUGUGAUCUCCUUGUGGGGCAUGGGCGGUAUUGGAAAAACAACACUAGUGAGAGAUAUCUAUCAAAGCCAAGAGAUUAGUAGCAUGUUUGAUAAGCGUGCUUGUGUCACAGUAAUGCGUCCUUUCAAUCCAGUAACACUCCGUGGGAGCUUAGUUGUGCAACUCGGAGGUAAAGAUGAGAAAGAUUUAAGGAGGUGUUUAGAAGGAAGGAGAUAUUUGCUUGUUCUUGAUGAUCUUUGGUCCAGAGUAGAGUGGGAUGCUAUAAAGCAAUAUUUGCCAGAAACGGCAGCAAGCUGCAUAAUAGUCACCACAAGGGAAGAGAAUAUUGCCAAGCACUGCUCAAAGGAUGAAAGAAAUAUAUACAAGCUGAACCAUCUGGGUCUUGAUGACGCAUGUACCCUCUUCACCAAAAAGGUAUUUAAGGAGACCGUAAAUUUGGAUGAGCAAUAUCCAGAGUUGGUUGAACAAGCAAAAUUGAUAUUGAAGAAGUGCAGAGGACUUCCCCUUGCACUAGUCACCAUAGGUGGCUUCUUGGCAAGCCAACCAAAAACUGCUUUUGAAUGGAGAAAAUUGAAUGAGCAUAUCAGUGCUGAGUUGGAGAUGAAUCCAGAACUUGAGCUCAUAAAAGCAGUCCUUCUGAAAAGCUAUGAUGGUUUACCCUAUUACCUCAAGGCUUGUUUCUUGUAUCUGGCCAUCUUUCCUGAAGACUACAUGAUUCUGCGGAGACGCUUAGUGCGUCGGUGGAUUGCAGAGGGUUACUCAAGUGAGGUGCGUGGCAGGUCUGUGGAGGAAGUAUUGGACUCUUACUUCAUGGAACUCAUAGGCAGGAGCAUUAUUCUGCCAUCUCAACAGUCAAUUCAUAGUAGGAAAGGAAUUGACUCCUGCCAUGUCCAUGAUCUCAUUCGUGAAAUUGCCAUCUCAAAGGCUAUGGAGGAGAAUCUUGUUUUCACACUGGAGGAAGGGUGCAGCUUAAACAACCAAGGCACAGUGCGUCAUCUUGCUAUAAGUAGCAACUGGAAUGGUGAUCAGUGUGAGUUUGAGAAUAUAUUAGACUUGUCGCGCCUACGAUCAUUGACAGUGUUUGGAAAUUGGAGGCAGUUUUACAUUUCAGAUAAGAUGAGGUUGCUACGAGUACUGGAUUUGGAAGGCGAGUGGGAACUAGUUGAUCAUCACCUUAAGCACAUUGGGAAGCUUGUACACCUUAGAUAUCUUUCUCUAAGGGGACAUGCUUCUGUAUUUCACGUGCCAAAUUCGUUGGGGAACCUGAGACAACUCCAGACACUAGAUAUUUCAGGUACCAGCAUAAUGAAGCUGCCAAGGACCAUCAUCAAGCUUGUCAAGAUGCAACGGAUUCUUGCUAGUGGGAUAGGAACGGAAUAUACCGGUUUAUACGAUCCAGAUGUGCCGGCACUGCUCAGAUUGCCUCUCUGUUCAGCGUUGUGUUGUGUGGCAUGCUGUGCACCUGGGAUUUUCACAGAGGAACUCUAUCUUGAGGAUGAUGCACAAUUUAACAGGCGUGAUGUAUGCACUGCGUUCUGUUGUAACAUAUUACCUUAUUAUGCGGCAGGAGGACAAAAUCCAGGUGGUGUUGAAGUGCCAAGUGGGAUUUGGAAACUGAAGGCCCUGCACACACUCCGUACCGUGGACAUAUCAGCGGGAAAGGCUGUUCUCCAAGAUAUAAAAAGGUUGACCCGGUUAUGCAAGUUAGGAUUGCUAGGCAUCAACAAGAGAAACAGUCAAGAGUUGUGUUCAACAAUUGCUUGUCUCAGCGGCCUGGAGUCAUUGUCACUCGACUCACGCCGAGAGACAGGUUUAUCAGGUUGCUUGGAUGGCGUGUCCUCACCUCCAGAAAACCUGCAGAGCCUCAAGUUGAUAGGCAACCUGGUUAAACUGCCGGAGUGGAUCCAGGGGCUCAAAAAUCUCGUGAAGCUGAAGCUAGAGUGGUCGAGGAUAUCGGAGCACGAUGCGGCCAUACAAGUCCUUGGGAAUCUACCAAACCUGGCCACCCUACGUCUAUUGGAUGACUCGUUCGCCGGUGAAGAGGUUGGUUUCAGUUUCCGCCAGGAGGCAUUCCCGUGCCUGAAGGUGCUGCAGCUGGAUUGGAUAGGAAACCUCAAGUCGGUGGGAUUUGAAGAAGGAGCAGCCCCUAAGCUUGAGUUGCUGCAGUAUAUUGGUUGGAUCAAUGACUUCAGGGUUGGGUUGUUCUCUGGGUUAGCAUGCCUCCCAAGCCUCAAAGAAUUUAUGCUGUAUAGGGAGCACUGGGUGAAGACUGAGUUCGUGGAGCACUUGCGAGGCCAGCUGGCGGAGAACAUAAAUGGGCCCGUUUUGAAGAGUUGGCAGUAGCUAGCUUUAUUCAGCUCCCUUUUCGUCUAUCUUAUAUAAUAAUAUUCAUGUAUGUAUAUUAUAAUUAGUAGGUCCCUCCCUUUGUGUUGAAAGUGGUGUUGCCUUGGAUUGAGUUGAUGAUGUAAUUAAGCUGCUACUCCCUUUGCGUGUGCGUGUGCACGGUGGUACGAUAGCAGAUGGCAUUCGUCAUUUUGUUCA